UAGUAUAUAGAAAUAUAAACACAAACACUAAACCAGAAAACAGAGUAGGAGGAGAAAAAUGGCAGCAGAAUCAGUGACAAGAAUGUCAUCUGCUGCUUCUUCACUCUGCAACUUUAAUGGGUCUCAAAGACCCGUGCCCAUAUCCAACCGGGUCAGUUCUUCUUCUCGGAGGAAUCGAUGUGUUAAAGUACAGUCCCUUGCUUCUGAAUUCCUUGGAAGCUUCAAACUGUGCUCUGUUUCUGCUUCUAGAAGCUCAAGAUUAAGUCAAAAGCCCAAAAAGUAUGGCUUUUCUGUCUUUGCUAUGGCCGCCGCUGAAGAGGGGAAGAGAACAGUGCCUUUGAAGGACUACCGCAAUAUAGGAAUUAUGGCUCAUAUAGAUGCAGGGAAGACAACUACAACUGAACGUGUCCUUUACUAUACUGGCAGAAACUAUAAAAUUGGUGAAGUGCAUGAGGGGACAGCCACUAUGGACUGGAUGGAGCAAGAGCAAGAGAGGGGGAUUACAAUUACUUCUGCUGCUACUACCACGUUCUGGAACAAGCAUCGUAUCAACAUAAUUGAUACUCCUGGUCAUGUGGACUUCACUCUUGAAGUAGAGCGUGCCCUUAGGGUUUUAGAUGGUGCCAUAUGCUUGUUUGACAGUGUUGCUGGUGUGGAACCUCAAUCGGAAACUGUUUGGAGACAAGCUGAUAAGUAUGGAGUCCCAAGGAUAUGUUUCGUUAAUAAGAUGGAUCGUCUUGGAGCAAAUUUCUUCCGAACAAGAGACAUGAUAGUAUCAAACUUGGGUGCUAAACCACUUGUAAUUCAGAUUCCAAUCGGCGCAGAGGAUAACUUCAAAGGAUUAGUUGAUCUUGUGAAGAUGAAAGCUAUUGUUUGGUCCGGAGAAGAAUUAGGAGCAAAGUUUUCCUAUGAGGAUAUUCCCGCUGAUCUUCAAGAGCUGGCUGAGGAAUAUAGGGCACUGAUGAUUGAGACUAUAGUUGAAUUGGAUGAUGAUGCUAUGGAGAACUACUUGGAAGGAGUUGAACCUGACGAGGAAACCAUUAAAAAGUUGAUCAGGAAGGGAACUAUCGGUGGCAGUUUUGUCCCAGUCUUGUGUGGCUCAGCUUUCAAGAACAAGGGGGUUCAGCCGCUUCUCGAUGCAGUUGUGGAUUAUUUGCCUUCUCCAGUUGACUUGCCUGCAAUGCAAGGAACCGACCCUGGCAACCCAGAAGUGACCAUUGAGAGGGCCGCAAGUGAUGAUGAACCGUUUGCUGGUUUGGCAUUUAAGAUCAUGAAUGAUCCUUUUGUGGGGUCUCUCACAUUCGUCAGGGUAUAUUCAGGAAAGCUUAGUGCAGGAUCAUAUGUUGUGAAUGCAAACAAAGGCAGGAAGGAGAGAAUUGGCAGACUUCUUGAAAUGCAUGCUAACAGCAGAGAGGAUAUAAAGACAGCGUUAACUGGUGAUAUCGUCGCUCUUGCUGGAUUGAAAGAUACAAUUACAGGAGAGACAUUGGCUGAUCCCGACAAGCCUGUUGUCCUUGAACGCAUGGAUUUCCCAGAUCCUGUUAUAAAGGUUGCAAUUGAACCCAAGACCAAAGCAGACAUUGAUAAGAUGGCGACAGGCUUAAUUAAACUGGCUCAAGAGGAUCCAUCUUUCCAUUUUUCACGGGAUGAGGAGAUUAACCAGACAGUUAUCGAGGGAAUGGGAGAAUUACAUCUUGAGAUCAUUGUUGAUAGACUCAAAAGGGAAUUUAAGGUGGAAGCUAAUGUUGGAGCUCCACAAGUAAACUACCGCGAGAGUAUUUCCAAGAUCUCAGAAGUGAAAUACGUCCACAAGAAACAGUCUGGUGGGUCAGGACAGUUUGCUGAUAUCACAGUAAGGUUUGAACCCAUGGAAACAGGUGGUGGAUAUGAAUUCAAGAGUGAAAUCAAGGGAGGUGCAGUGCCAAAAGAAUAUAUUCCAGGUGUUAUGAAGGGAUUAGAAGAAUGCAUGAGUAACGGGGUACUGGCGGGAUUUCCCGUUGUUGAUGUUCGUGCAGUGCUAGUAGAUGGCUCUUACCAUGACGUGGAUUCAAGUGUUUUGGCAUUCCAGCUGGCUGCUAGGGGAGCUUUUAGGGAAGGGAUGAGAAAAGCUAGUCCACAAUUGCUAGAACCGAUAAUGAAAGUUGAAGUAGUUACACCAGAAGAACAUCUAGGAGAUGUGAUUGGUGACCUUAACUCAAGGAGAGGCCAGAUCAACAGCUUUGGAGAUAAACCUGGAGGUCUCAAGGUGGUUGAUGCUUUGGUUCCAUUAGCAGAGAUGUUCAAUUAUGUUAGUACCUUGCGAGGAAUGACAAAAGGGCGUGCGUCAUAUGUCAUGCAAUUAGCCAACUUUGAUGUUGUUCCCCAACACAUUCAAAACCAGCUUGCCAAAAAGGAGGAAACAGCAGCUGCUUAAUCAGUUAGCUUCCAGAUUUUGGAUCCAAGAACUUAAAAAUAGGUUUGAGCUUAUAAAGGAUUUUUCUAAUCUGGUCGAAUUCUGUAAGCUUAGUCUCUGAGGGGGAAAAAGAAGGAAUGGCAACAGUGUAAAUGCAUUUAAGGUAUAUCUCAUCCAAAGAAACUUCAAUUGAGUAUGUCCUGGUUGUGGGAUUCAACUUACUAUAUGAACAGAUUUUUGCCUGUAACAAUUUAAUGCUGUCUCGUGGGAUCUUAGUGUAACAUCUGAUGGUUGAGUUGUUUAAUUUACGUUUGUUUUUAA